ACACAAGAAGCAAACACACGGGCUACACAUGAGUGGGCGGGGCUACGAGCGGUCGCGACGCCGUCCAAUCGGCGCCCAGUAAACCAAACACUGGCUGCGCUUGUCGACCAAUGGCGCUCGCCCCCCCCGGAAGCCCUCCGCCAAUGGGCGGACCCGAUGACGUGGGCACGUGGAUCCCGGCACAUGUUGACGCUCGUAAAGUGAGCCGAGAAAGAAAGAGCGAGCAAACACACACGCGCACACACAUACUCACACACGUACACACCCACGAUCACACACACGUACACGGUCUCACAUACAUACACACACGGCGACUCACGGCCGGCCCGAGUGGACGUGGACGUGUGCGACUCUGUCCAAGCCGACGCCGGUCGCCCAGAUGCUGCUCACUUCGCCCAUUGCUCACUGACGGAACCAGUUCGGAGCAAGAACAGCUCGUAUUGUUCUUUUUUUUUAUCGUGAAUACACCGGGCGGAGGGAAGUGGCGGAAGGAAGACGUAGAGGAGUGGCCAGCUCCAGUGCGUACACAAGAGGAUGAGGAAGAUGAGAUGAGAGGCAUGCAGAAUGCACCCAGAGAGGAAAGAGAGCAGUUUGUGUGUGUGUGUGUAAAGGGAGUGGGGGUGGGGGUCUUGUGUUCAGGAAGGGGGGCUAGGAUGGAGCUUCAGCCAGAGCCGGCGAGGGCGGCGCUACAAGCCGAGCACUGGAGGCUGUGAAAGAACGAGACUGCCUAUUCUGAUUCCGCUACGCUCGGACUCCCAUCCCCCCGCUCACAUUUUUACUCUUCCGUCUCCAAUCUCGUCAAUGGGAGCGAGACAUGUGCUAGCAUUGUGUGCCGACUGGCUGCCCCCCAUGCCAUGUUAAAAGAUGCAGUCCCAGGGCAGCACGUCGUCCCAACCCUCCUUUGACUCGCUGAGCUCCAGCGACAGCCUCCUGUUCAGUGACUCGGACGACACCGACGUCUUCCUGACCGACGCCUCCUCCUCGGCCCUCCUGGAGGCGGCGGCGGCGGCAGGGGGCCCGCCGGCAACGGCCGGCAACUCCGGCCGGGCGUCCGGGAGUCCCAGCUCGCAGUGGGCGUGCGACGGCUUCGCCGGCAAAGAGGAAGAGGACGGCUCCUUGCCACGCCAGGUUCCCAAAUCGCAGGGCGACCUGCUGUUUGCUCAGAAGUGUGCUGAGCUGCAGGGUUUUGUCAGGCCACUGCUGGAGCUGCUGAACGGGCUGAAGAAGGGCCGAUUUGAUCGCGGUCUGAGCAGUUUCCAGCAGAGCGUCGCCAUGGAUCGCAUCCAGAGGAUUGUGGGUGUUUUGCAGAAACCAAACAGUGGGGAACGGUACCUCAACACGCUCCUCCAGGUGGAGAUGAUGUUGAAGCUGUGGUUUCCACAGAUCGCCACCGUCCCGCCGUCGUCCGUCCCCGGUACUGCCGCGUCGUCCGCCCGUGUCAUCCAGGACGCACCGGGCGCCACGCCACCACACAAGCACAGGGAUCAACUGCAUAUCCCGGUCAAGAAACGCCGACUCAGCUGGACAGGAACCGACUCUCCGAUGCCCUCUCCAGGUCUCCCUAAGUGCCCUCCCAUCAGCGCACAAGAGAAAAAGCACCAAGAUGACAGUGAGGAAGAAGACACAGGAGCCCCAGCAGGCAGCCCCUGUCCCCCUCCCCCUCUCCCUCCUCCACCUCCUCCUCCUCCUCCAUCGUCAUCGCCACCGUCACCGUCGCACCAAAAUCCCGCAAAGGGAAACGACAGUGGCUCUGACAGUUCAGGCAACCCGUCGGAGUACAAAACGGCUCGUGUGUCGGAGCCCAGCCUCACAUGGGUGCACGUCGCGCCCAUUCUCUCCCCGCGGAAAACGGGCGCAUUGGCGGUCGGCAGCGGGGAGGCCACGCAGGACAGCGCCGUGUCCUCCACCACGCCGCCUGAGCUCAGUAAGGAUCUAAAGAAAGCCGCACGCUGCCAAAGCCAAGCUGCCGCCGCCGCUGUUGACGAUCGUCGGCAGGAAGACCAUUAGGACCGGGACACUCCCUCGGAGACCUGAGAGCAGAGCGGCGCCGGAGGAAAUCAAACGCGUGUUGAUAAUCACAACUAGUGUCAAAAUGUGCAAAGAAACCAUGGAGGAGGAUUGCAAGUAAACUGAAAUCUCAACAAAAAAAAAGAAUGGAGCACUUCCUGUCAGGAGAGGAAGUGACGGACGAUGUCACCUUUUACGGGUUGUAGAUAGACAUGACAAGGAA